UCUAUCCCCCCCAAAACGAGGAACGGCGCUAAAUCGUCAAAAUUUCUCCUGAAAAAUCCAAAACCUGUAGAGAGAGAGGGAGAGAGGAUCCAUCUACUCUCUCAGCACCUCAAGAAAAAAGGAAAAGAAGAAAACUCUUCUCUCUCUCCAACUAUACUUCGUACACUCCGUCAAUCACCACACGCCACCACCUCCCAAAAGGGUAAACCCAAAACAAAAUUCUCUCCGCCACCGCCACCUCUCCGUCGGGUCACCAUGUGUAAGUCAUGACCCGGACCCGAAACCCACCAACUCAACCCGACGAAGACACCACCAAACAAGUCAGCACCGCACGUGGCGGCGGAGGAGCUACAACAGCCAUGAGGGUCAUAGUGCCCUUACAGGGCGUAGUCCAGGGCAGGGGCGGCCUCGUCUUGGGGUCAGUCAUACCCUGCGUCCUCUUCUACUUCUUGCAACUCUACCUCAAGCGCAAGAACCGCACCGCCUCCACUCCGCCGCCUCCGCCGGCGGCGGCGGAGGUGGUCUUGCACAGGGUUCAGUCUCGGUCUUUUAUGUCCCCGAGAGGAGGGGCCCACUUGUCUUACAGGGCUAAUUCUAUUGCCAAGCAAGUUGAUGGUCCGUACUAUGUCGGAUUAAACAAGGUUUCGGAGGAUUCCUAUGAUUGUUUGACUAACCCAGAUGGGAUUAUUCAGCUUGGAUUGGCUGAGAAUAGGUUGUCUUUGGAUUUGGUUCAAGAGUGGUUAGCAGAGAAUGCAAAGGAUUCAAUUAUUGGCGGGGAUUUGAGCAUCCGGGGUAUUGCAACGUAUCAGCCAUUUGAUGGACUGAUGGAGAUGAAAGUGGCUGUAGCUGGAUUCAUGUCCCAAGUCAUGGAUAGAUCAGUGUCCUUCAACCCGUCACAAAUAAUCUUAACAGCUGGAGCAACCCCUGCCAUUGAGAUUCUCAGUUUCUGCCUGGCAGAUGCGGGAAAUGCAUUUCUUGUUCCCUCACCUUAUUACCCGGAUCUUGACAGGGACGUAAAAUGGCGAACUGGGGUGGAGAUCAUACCUGUUCCUUGCCGCAGUUCAGACGGCUUCAGUCUCAGUACAACUGCUCUUGACAGAGCAUUUACCCAAGCUAAAAAACGCGGUCUAAAAGUUCGUGGAAUUAUCAUUUCCAACCCAUCAAAUCCUGUCGGCAAUCUGCUCAAUCGAGAAACACUUUAUGGCCUUUUGGAUUUUGCUACAGAAAAGAACAUCCACAUUAUUUCUAACGAGAUACUGGCAGGGUCCACUCACGGAAGUGAGGAGUUUGUUAGCCUAGCAGAGAUCGUUGAUUCGGAAGAUUUUGACCGAAAUAGGGUUCAUAUAGUUUAUGGUCUGUCAAAAGAUCUAUCUCUUCCGGGUUUCAGGGCUGGGGUAAUGUACUCCUAUAAUGAGAAUGUUUUGGCCGCUGCCAAGAAAUUAGCAAGAUUCUCAUCUAUUUCAGCUCCAACCCAACGUUUGCUCAUUUCAGUGCUUUCAGAUACAAACUUCAUUGAUAAGUUCAUCAAGACAAGUAGAGAAAGGCUUCAAAGGAUGUAUAUUGAGUUUGUGACUGGGUUAAAGCAAUUGGGUAUUGAGUGCACGAAAAGUAGUGGUGGUUUCUACUGUUGGGCCAACAUGAGUGGGAUGAUCCGCUCAUACAGUGAGAAAGGGGAGCUUGAGCUGUGGGAUAAGUUGCUAAAUGUGGCUAAGAUUAACGUGACUCCGGGAUCUUCUUGUCACUGUAUUGAACCUGGGUGGUUUAGGUGUUGUUUUACCAUGUUGACUGAAAAGGACAUUCCUGUAGUCAUGGAACGUAUUCGGAAAUUUUCCGAAACUUGUAAACCUCACAGCUGAGACUUUCAAAAAAAAAUAGUUCUUCAAACUACAAAAUCAGAAUCAAUCAGUUACUUUGGGAACACACCGUUUUAGUAGUGGUUUUCAGAGCUGAAGUUGGAGGUUAAAAGCAACCCCCUUGGCUUAAGUACCAGGAAUUGCUAAUGCAGUGGAUUAAGUUAGCUUGGAUUUGUGAUGAUGGCAUAUGAAGUCUGAUGGGUUCACGCAAUUGGUUCAUACACAUACAUCUGAGAUAGCGAUGGGAUGUGAAAUUGCAUUCUUCCGUUCGCAUAUAGAUGUCGAGAAUCCUUGACCCAUGGAGGGUAAGAGGGUCCCUUACUCCUUCCAGUUCUCGCCUCGUUAAUUAUUAUUCGAUAUCUGUGAUGUGGGAUGUGAACCAUUCCUCAGUUCUGCUAAAUGUCAACUGUAUCCACCUCGGGUUGUGAAUAUGGUCAAUAGGAGUUCGUUGAAUUGAAAAUGCGAAAGCAGUAAAAAAAAAAUAGAGAUAAUGUUGAAAUUCAUUUUGGAAUGUCUUGUGCAGAAUAAAUGUAAUUGGUAUGCAGAUAAUUUGAAGUAUAAAUGAUUCUAUCUCGUACUCAUUAUUGCCUUGAACUGAAUAUUGAGGCGCCCAA